UCAGUGAACAGAGCUAGUGUGACGUUUGAGGGAAGAGCUGAAGAGCACCAUAUUUUUAUUUCAUUUGUUCAAAAUGUUUAUUAUUAAAAUAUUUGUUUUUGUGGAAGAAUAAAUAACUUUGUUAUUUACAUAUCAUCUAUUUUGAUGUUAAAUAAUUCACAAUUGAUAGAUUAUUCUAACUCCAUUAUUCAAUGAGCUUUAUUUAUAUUGAAAAUAAAUAAAUAGCCACGAUGUCAUCAGGAAGAUUUCAGCCAUGUAUUAAUAAGAAGUUUUUUCCUCUGAAGUCAAUGACUGACGUUGUAGAUUUCUUUCAAAAAUGUCUUGAGAACCCGCCAGGUGACGGAGAACCGGAUCUUACAUUACUCUCUAUUGUGACCGGUUUUGUCGAAAUAUCGCUGACAACUGGUAAAGCUGCCGAAUCAGCUGUCACUGAAAAUUCUGGUGCUUCACCUGGAGACCCAGCAGAUGAAGAAAGUUCAACGUUUCCCGUUGUCACUUAUGAAAUGGUGAACAAUCUUUACCAGAAGUAUCAGAACAUACUGGCUCUGAUACAGAAACCAAAGGCGGGACGUUAUGCUAAUCGUGAUGUAAUCAAAAGGGUAUCUGAUAUUAUUUGGCACUCUUUGUUUUGGAGUAGCCAUAAAGAUCGAGCUCAUUUGCAAAAUCUCUACAGUUAUUUGUCAUACAAUAAAUUGGAUUGUUUCGGAGUCGCUCUUGGAGUUGUUGCUGGCUGUCAACUACUUGGAUACAAAGAUGUUCAUCUUGCUAUAUCUGAGGAUCAUGCUUGGGUUGUUUUUGGAAAGAAGCGUCAGGAGGCUGUCGAGGUAACUUGGCAUGGAAAGGGAAGCGAAGACAAGCGCGGACAAGAUGUAACGGCUGGAAUCGAAUCUAAAGCUUGGCUAUAUUUAUCAGGAAUGCCAGUAAUUUGCAAUCGGCAAAUGGAAGUUGCUUCGAUCAUUACAGCAAUUAAUAUUUCAAUAACAGCUAAUGCCGACUGUGUAGAAGUUGCGGAAUUACAACAAAGGCUCUUAUGGCUGCUUUACGAUAUGGGAUACUUGGAAAAAUAUCCAAUGGCACUAGGAAACCUUGGUGAACUAGAGGAAGUUAGUCCAACUAUCGGAAGAAAAAGCUGUGAAGCAUUAUACAUAGAGGCAAUUCAAUCGGCAAAAGUAUUUUAUAACAAUCAUCAUGUGUAUCCCUAUACGUAUCAAGGUACUUAUUACUAUCGCCUGGGCAAAUACAGAGAAGCUUUUCGAUCGUGGGCUAAUGCUGGUGACGUUAUACGAUUGUACACUUACAGCUGUCGUGACGAUGAAGAAAUAUAUAAAGAGUUUGUUGAUAUUGCAAACGAAAUGAUACCGUAUAUAAUCAAAACAGAGAGUUCGGGACAUUCUGGAAGGUGUGUUUUGCGAGAUUCGGAAGUUUUCGCUAAUAUUUUAAGGUUCUACGAUGGAGUUUGUCAAUGGGAGGAAGAAAGUUCAACACCUAUAUUGCAUAUAGGUUGGGCCAAGCCGCUUGUUAACACGAUUUCAAAAUUUGACUAUGAUAUAAGAUCACAAGUAGUGAUAAAUGUUUUGGAUGAAUGUGAAAAUCCUAAUUCGGAAGAUAUUAAACAAAACCUUACUUGUACCUAUGCCAUAAAAAGAAAUACCUUACAAAAUGAAAACAAGUUAUUCGAAGGAAAUAAUAAUUCAAUCACAUGCAGAGAAAAAUCGAUCAUAGCUGAUUGUAAGGAUGAUGCAAAGUCAGAAAUACCUACAACUUUAGCGGAUCUUACAGCUGCUUGCGGGGAAAAAAUUCUUAAUCCAGAUUUCCUUCUUCAAGGAGGUGGGCAAUUAUUUACUACUGAUAAUCCUAAGCACAUUGGAGCACGUAUCGACACAACCCAAACUGAUGAUGUCACAACUACACAAAAUAAACCUAAACAAGUACCUCUUGCAUUACCCAAACUUAUAUUACCUCUUCCUUUAUCGUCAUCUCCACAACAUAUUCUACAGUACGACGAUGAUUAUGAGUUUAUGCCCAAGAACCCUGUAAUAUUUCUACACAGCCAGAAGAUGAAAGGCAUCAAAGAUUUACUCUUAAAUGAGAAACUUAACACCCAUGCAAUUUCUUUACAAGUCACAGCUCAUUCCGUUGUCUACAAGAAAGCCCGUGGGGCCGAGAAAUCAAAUUUCAACGUUGGAUGUCAAGUCAGUGCUCAAUCAACAGAAUCUUAUGCCGGCACAAGACCGAAAAGAGCACGAAGAGAAUAAGUAAACUCAAAACACACCUAUUUACUAAUCCUAAAUUCUAAAAAAAAUAUAUAAUAAUGAUUGCUUAUUUAUCUGUUCACUCUUUUCUAUAAGAAAAGAGGAAUUGCAUCUAUUUUGUUAUAAGAGCUUUAAGCUUAAAAAUAGCGUUUAAAUCAAUAAUAAAUGUGUAUUGUACCAUUACAAAA